AUGACAACAUCGUGGAUUCACCACCCCUCAGAACCACUAGGGUUGUCAAUCAAUUUUAAAAUGAACAUGCCCAGAACCAACGAGCCAAUGAAGACAGUGAUGCAGACCAGCCUCAAAUUACGAGGAACAAUGGCAACACUGAAUAUUACAAGGAUACUCACUACUUUAGCUCCUCUCAUUAGAAGAGACAAGGUGGUGUUUGAUCCCAGAACCAAUGAGCCAAUGAAGAUAGUAAUGUGGCCUCGGACUAAACAGUUGAAAGAAAUUCCUAUAAGUCAACAUUUCCAUGAAGGAUAUUUGGACCGUAUGGAAUUUUGGGCUUUUGAUGAGGUCACAGCCACAUCAGCAAUCAACUUCACUGAUACCGAUACUAUUCUUCAUCUUUUUGGUGCUAAAGAUCUUUUGCGGUUCAGGGAGCGAGAUAUACACACCUUGGCCUGA